AUGAAAAUUCAGUUAUUUUCCCUACUCGCAAAUAAAAAUACAGAGGCGUACCAUUCAUCCGAUUUUGAGGCUGGAGGCUACAAAUGGAACUUGGUUGUUUACCCGAAUGGAAACAAAGACAAAGGUAUUACGGACCAUAUUUCUGUGUACUUGGUGAUGACACAGGUAGAGUCUCUCAAUCCUGGCUGGGAGAUUCAUGCAACUUUUCGAUUGUUUUUGCUUGAUCAAAAUAAAGACAAUUAUUUUACACUCGAAGAUGUUGCGGGGAAACGGUUUCACAAAAUGAAGCUCGAGUAUGGGUUCGAUAAAUUUGUACCUCUCACCCUCUUCAAUGAUCCCGCAAAGGGAUAUCUGGUGAAUGACACUUGCGUGUUUGGAGCUGACGUUUAUGUUACUCAAGAAAAACUCACCGGAAAAGGGGAGAUUUUAUCAUUGGUCAAAGAUCCCAUUAGCUACAAACACACUUGGAAAAUCGACAAUUUCUCCACUUUAACUGAUGAAUAUCUAGACUCCAAACCGUUCAAUGCUGCGGAUCAAACAUGGAAGAUACAGGUAUAUCCGAAAGGGAAAGGCGGGGGAAAGGACAUCUAUAUAUCGUUAUAUCUGGCAUUGGCUGAACCCCAAAAACUUUCUCCUGCAACUAAGAUGUACACAAAAUUCACCUUACGUAUAUUAGACCAAAUUAAUGGAAGGCAUGACGCUGGUACAGCUACUCACUGGUACAGUGCAUCAAAUAGUUCAUGUGGCUGGCCAAGAUUUACGUCGAUAAGUUUUUUUAAGAUGCAAUCGGCUGGUUUGCUGGUGAAGAACAGCUGCAUUGUGGAAGCUGAGGUUACUGUCAAUGGCAUGACUAAUGAACUUUGA